AUGUUAGCUGCUCCACAACCAAGGGAAAAAGAGGAGCACCGUCGGCACCAUCGGCGGGAAAAAAGAAAGACUCCGGAGCGGCAUACUGAUGUUCUUCCCCCUGUUGUCCCGCAGGUCGCAGCCGAAGACAAUUCGAAGCUCGGGAAGGCAAAGGCUUCCCCCUUCGUGGAUGCUAUUCAACAAGAGCGGCCGCCACACAGAUUCGUCAUGCCGAAGCUGAAGCGUUAUGAGGCAAAAGAAGACGCAGUCGCGUUCGUUUGUCGUUUCAGGCAAACCAUGAGCCUCCAUAACUUUUCUGACGCCCUUAUGUGUAAAAUCUUCCCGCUCACUCUCAGUGAACCGAUCAUGUUAUGGUACAAUCAGUUGAAGCCCAAAUCCAUUUCUUGCUUCAACGAGCUAGAAUUGGAGCUUAGCAAACGCUUCGUUACCAGCAACAUUCAACCAAAGACAUUAUCGAUGCUGGUGAACAUGCGGAGAGCUGCGGGAGAAACGCUAAGGCUUUAUACCGAGCGUUACUGGGAGGUCUAUAACCUUAUUCCCGACUGUGAUCAAGGAGUAGCAGCCGAGUCUUUCAUGAACAGGUUGGAUCCAACCUCGGCAAUGUUUCGUGACCUCUCACGAAAUCCACCUAAGACAAUGGGAGAGCUCAUGACAAUAAUCGAGAAGGAUUGCGUUCACGAAGAAGCAAUGGCCGAGCGACACACGUCAAAGGCUGAACCUGCCAAGACGAUAGGGCCAAAGAAGCAGGUAUCGAACGUUCGCCAAGGGCGAGGAAGCCAGGGUAGCUCGGGCCAGGCAUCGAAUAAGUCGAACAAUAAGGGCCGACCCCCGCAGCACCCUCAGCCACAAUCCUGGACACAAACGAAAAGAGAACCCCGACCGAAUGAGUACGUCGCCGAACGUACGGUAUUCACUGAACCUAUCUAUAAACUUCUUAACAUCAUUGGCAAAUUGCCGUUCUUUGUUUGGCCAACGGUACUCUUAGGCACCGUCGGAAGCGGACCAGGGAUGUGCACGUAUCAUAAGGAACGUGGCCACUACACCACGCAAUGCCCACCUUUCAAAAGGUAUCUAGAAGAGCUAGCAGCUGCCGGUCACCUCAAUCAAUGGAUCGACGUUCGGCAAAAUCCACUUCCUCCACCUCCCCCUCUUGUUGGCAAUCUCGUAAGCGUAAUACAAGGGCUAGUAUCCGAAGGGAAAGCGGCCGAACUUCGUUCAGAAAUUGACAGGGCUGUCGCCUCUGUAUCAGUCUGCAACGUGGGCGCUUCGGGAAAGCGAAAGUGGGAAGAUCCGAGCUUCGGCGGCACCAUAACUUUUUCUUCCAACGACUUAAAAGGAGUGCAACUUCCACAUGCAGAUGCCCUCGUUGUCACUGUUGCUAUUGAAAAAUCAACCGUACAAUGGGUAUUGAUAGAUCAGGGAAGCUCGGCCGAUGUCAUGUUUUUCUCCACUUAUCAGAGCCUCGGAUUAUCUCCCGCUCAACUUCGGACGGCGUCAACUCCCCUUGUCAGUUUUACGGGAGCCCCGGUAUGGCCACUCGGCCUGAUUACCCUCCCUGUGCGAGCUGGAUCACGCAUCCUGGAGAUCGAAUUUGUGGUGGUCGCUUCGCCAAGUCCGUACAACGUCAUUCUUGGCCGAACCUGGCUACACGAAAUGCAAGCGGUUGCUUCAACGUAUCACCAGGUGGUAAAAUUCGUCGGAUGGAACGGACGACAGGAGAGCCUGCGAGGCGAUCAAAUCCAAUCCAAGAAAUGCUACAUCAGCACUGUAACGAACAAACAGAGCUGCAUGGAGGUACAAUGCGUGGCUGCCACUCCUAUCCCAGUGAUUGAGGAUGUUGGUGUACCUGCCAAACAACGGUCAACCGAGGAGCUAAUACGUUUUUCCAUUCCUGGGGAAGAAGGAAGAUAUUUUUUGAUCGGGAGUUCAUUGAGCAUGGACGAACGUGAGGAGAUGUAUCAAUUCCUAAUGAGAAACAUAGAGGUCUUUGCUUGGACUCCACAAGACAUGCCGGGCGUGGACCCUUCGUUCGCCAUGCACUCAUUGAAUGUAGAUCCGAAUAGGCGACCGGUUGUGCAAAAAGUCCGACGCUCGUCGGCCGCACAUACCGAAGCUGUGAUAGCAGAGGUGAAUCAACUGUUGGAAGCUGGCGCCAUUCGGGAAGUGCUAUACCCCACCUGGCUUGCCAACCCAGUGGUAGUCCCGAAGAAAAAUGGGAAACUAAGGGUUUGUGUCGAUUACACGAACCUCAAUGAUGCCUGCCCUAUGGAUCGAUUUCCACUUCCUCGGAUUGAGCAGAUGGUAGAUGCAACGGCAGGAUGUGAGCGCUUGAGCUUCAUGGACGCGUAUCGGGGCUACCAUCAAAUAGCUUUGGAUCCGGAAGAUCAAGAAAAAACGGCCUUUAUCUCGCCUCGGGGAACUUUCUGCUACAAGGUUGUCCCGUUCGGCCUGAAGAAUGCAGGCGCCACCUUCCAGCGCUCCAUCACGAAGAUGUUUCCUGGCAUGCUCGGCGUAAAAGUAGAAGCUUAUAUUGACGAUUUGGUUUGCAGAAGCAUAUUCGCUCGGGAUCACCUUCGAGAUCUGGGAGAGGUCUUUGCUGUUCUAAAACAUAGGAAGCUACGUCUCAAUGCCGAGAAGUGUGCGUUCGGAGUUAGCUCGGGGAAAUUCCUAGGGUACAUGGUGAGUCGCCGGGGAAUCGAAGCUGACCCAACCCAAAUUUUGGCUGUGCAGAGGCUCCGAGCUCCGACGACAAUUAAAGAGGUACAGCGGCUCACAGGGAUGGUUGCUGCCUUGAACCGUUUCAUUCGACGUUCGAGCGAUCUCUGCCGCCCAUUCUUCCGAGCAAUCACAACAAGCCGACGCAAAUUUGUAUGGACAGAGGAGUGCGAGCAGGCUCUGCAGUCUUUAAAGCAAUACCUAUCUCAUGCUCCUUUGCUCGUCAAACCCCUGCCCGAUGAAGAUCUAUAUCUUUACCUUGCUGUUUUCGACCAUGCAACGAGCGCGGUUCUUGUUCGGAGAGAGGGGAUGGACCAUCAACCGAUCUUCUAUUCCACUGUUCUUCGGAAAACGAACACGUCGAGCCGGAUUUUGAAGUUCUCUCAAGACUUGGCCAACUUCGACAUCCAAUUCGAGCCUUGGACAGCUAUCAAAGGGCAAGUCCUGGCCGACUUCUUUGCCGAACUCACUCCCGGCUUACAAGACGAGGCCAAUGCCCUGGCAACUGCCGCUGAAGAAGCUUGGAUUCAAGAAGAAGAGGUUUUGGAAGGGCCGUCCAGCUGUCGUACCGAACCAUUACGUGCUCGGUAUUCCCUCGGGCGUAAGAAACCCAAACGACAAUGGAAGCUCUUCUCCGGCGACGCUUGGCGACUGACCGUCGAUGGAGCUUCUAAUGUUCAUGGAGCUGGUGCAGGCAUCGUCCUUGUGUCACCCAGCGGGACUGUUCAUGAAAGCGUGGUUUUGAUUGGGUACACGGCGACGAACAACGAGGCGAAAUAUGAAGCUCUAAUUGCAGGCCUCCAACUUGCUCUUCGGCUGGAUGCAGAUUCGGUUCAUGUCUUUUGUGACUCUCAGCUCAUUGUGGGGCAUUUAAACGAUGAUUAUCAAGCGAAGGAUCAACGUAUGAAUGCUUACGUGAGCCACGUCUUAGCUUUGUUCGAAAGAUUUGGACGCGUAGAAGUGGAGUGGAUCGCUCGGGAGCAUAACGCCCAUGCUGACGCCCUUGCAGGUCUUGCUUCAGUCUACAAGACCUCGGGCAGUCGCACCAUCACCUUUGACGAGGUCCCCAAACCAAGCUUCGAAAAGCCGUGUGAACAGGUUAUGGCCAUCACCCUUGGCCCAAGCCAGCUGGAUUCUGUGGUUGCUUACCUAAAGAAGCAAGUGCUACCGACGAACAAGCGCGAAGCGUACAAAAUCCGUUGCCGAGCCGCCAAUUUUGUGCCAGCCGUUCUGGAGGAACUUCAUUCGGGUAGCUGUGGGGCUCACUCAGGAGGACGGUCACUGGCACUGCGUGCCCUGACACAAGGCUAUUGGUGGCCGAAGAUGGUCAAACAAUCCAAAGAAUACGUGAAGCUCUGUGUUCGGUGCCAAAAGCAAGCAUCUCUCAUCCACCAACCUGCAUUUCCCCUUAAAAUGAUCACCAAUUUGUUCACCAAGUGGGUAGAAGCUUCCCCCAUGAUCAAGACCACCGCCGGGGACGUGGAACGCUUUAUUUGGAAGCACAUCAUCUCCAGGUUCGGCGUGCCGUACGCCAUUCUUUCUGAUAAUGGCUCCCAAUUUGUUGCCUCCGCUCUCAAAGCUUUUUAUGCGAAGCGCCACAUCACCAUCCAAAAUUCCUCGGUGGCAUAUCCUCAAGGUAAUGGACAAGCCGAAGCAUCGAACAAGACAAUCACUCGGGGGCUGAAGCGCCGUCUGGAUCGGAAGCUCGGUAAGUGGGUGGAAGAGCUUCCACACGUCUUGUGGGCCUAUCGAACAACACCUCGGCGGUCCACCGGCCGUACUCCGUUUGCUAUGGCCUACGGUAUGGAGGUUGUCCUCCCUUUAUCUACUAUGAUCCCUACAGCCCGAAUGGAGAAUUUUAACCCUAUAGACAACAAUGCUCUUGUGGGUGCCGAGUUAGACUUAGCCGAAGAACUACGUGACAAUGCUAACCUUUGGCACGCCGCGCACCAGCAAGAAGUUGCAAGGGGCUACAACCGCAAUGUUCGUGCUCGACCUUUCAACGUCGGGGACUUAGUCCUUCGGAUGGUUACCGAAGCGACAAAGUUAACCAAGCUGAAGGAUCCCUAUGAAGGCCCUUACCGAGUGGUGGAGAAGAUCGGGCACGGUGUCUAUAAGCUUGCUGAGAUGGAUGGAACGCCAAUCGCCAAUCCAUGGAAUGCUCAAAAACUAAGAAAAUUCCAUGGCUAG